AUGGGUGGUCAGGAUGUUUUGGAUCACUUCGCGGCUAGUUUGCAGAAAAAAUAUCCCGGAUUGCCUCCAGGAUAUGCCCAGUUCGUGGCCAAAGAAACCCAAGGUGAUUGGGAAAAGGCGGAAAAACUCUUUAUGAAAGGUGUUAAGGAAGAAGACUUUGUUUCUAAAGUGGAUGGAAAACGGAAGGUUGAUAUUCCAGAAAUUUCUACCUCGGAUGCUGAACAAAUCAGCAGGUUUCUAAGAUCCACACUACAGGGAACUGUAGGAAGCUUUUGGAGAAGUCUAGAAGCUGGUACUGGUCUGUUAGAUACUGUAAGGGACUUGAAGAAUGCAGAGGCUAUCUUUGCACUUUUCAAGGAUAUGCUCUGUCGAGAAUUUACUGGGAUAACUAUUACUAGUAGGAAUCUCGCAGAGGUAGUUGCCUUAGAAGCUUUGACAAAACUUAGGCUUUGUGACAUAUGUCUGUUUGAAAAUUUCGUCUGUGAGUAUAGGCGAUAUUUUUAUCAGUUGCCUGGUGGCACACAGGAAGUCAUGAAAAAUACUUUCUUUGCUAAGCUUCCCCCAGGAUGGGAUAAGGCAGCAAACGAGGCGUUUAAGCUUCUACUUGAAAAGAAUCAGGUUGUUGAUUCUUUGGGAGGACGAAUAGAAGCUGUUAGACAACUCGUGAGGACAAGAUGUGUGAACGCCAAGCUGAAUAAGGAAGCAAAAAGGCUUGAGUUCAACGAAUCUUGUUGUCAAAACUUUGAUGGCGUGCCAGGACAAUAUGGCUGUGAGUCGAGGAAUUCGACUAAACAUCAAGGUUGGAAAACCCAUAUGAGACGAAAAGGAUCGUUUGGUAAAAGAAACUUUAAGCCUAAACGUUUUCGUAAUAUGGUAAAACAACCUGUUACUAGUAAACGGAAUCUUCCGGAUCAUGGAAGGUUUAUUAGGCGAACAGGGAAAGGUAGACUUAACGCUAAGGAACGCGGAGCACAUAAAUGCCCUCAUAAGGGAAAGAAGAAGGCUGCGGUACGAUUUUUGGAAGUCAACGCGGAAAGUCAAACUUCUGAAUUUGAGCCAGUUUGGGGAUACGAAAUUGAUUCUGAUGAUGAGGUUUAUGAAUUAAUUUCGGAUUACUCUGAUGAUUCAGAUUCUUCAGAGGAUGACUCAAAAGAUACGACUUUUGAGGAACAAUCUUCAACUCUUCAACGCGUAGAAAGCUAUUUCCGAGAAUAA